AUGACAGCCCGGCAGAUGCCCCAAUUGGUCGAGCAAUUUCUGAAAAUGAAGCCGCCAAAGUUUAAUGGUAAAGGUGACCCCGAAGCUGCCCCAGAUUGGGUAGAGGAGUUAGAAAAGACAUUUGAGGUAUUGGGGUGCACCGACACAGAGAAAGUGACGCUGGCGGCGUAUCAGUUGCAGAGCAGUGCAAAUGAUUGGUGGAAAGCCACCAGGGGUAGAGUAUUCCCGGAAGGUACAGAAUUAAAUUGGGCAGUGUUUGUUGAAAGUUUUUAUGGAAAGUACUUUUCAGAAGUCGCCCAAGAGAAGAAGUUGAUGGAGUUCAUGCGACUGCGCCAAGGUCAGAUGACCGUUAAUCAGUAUGAAAGAGAAUUUGCAAGAUUGGCCAAGUUCGCACCGACUAUGGUUGAGAACCCGAGGGACAAAGCUAGGAGAUUCCAAGAUGGUUUGAAGCCGGAUCUCCGGAGCCAGAUUGUAUCGCACAAUAUCAAGGAUUUCGGGAAAAUGUAUGAGCGGGCACAGAUUAUAGAGCGAGAUCAGCAAGAAAGAGCAGCCGCUUCUGGAUCGCGGUUUGCUCAGAUCAGAGACAACCGUCGUAUGGGGAAUAGACCUAUGACAGGAAACAGGCGGUUUGUUCCACCCGCUAGACGGACAAUAGGAAAGCCGAAUCCCCAGCCAAGUAGAUUUGGGGCAUGUUUUAAAUGUGGGAGCAUGGAGCAUCAGAUGCCCACAGAUGCAACCCUCAGGACCCCUCAGACUACCGCUGCCACGAACUGGAAACCAGGCCAGACUUCCUCCAUCGGCUAA